AUGACCACCAUGGGAAUGGGAAUCCUUGGCUUCGCACUCGUACUCGUGGCGGCUGCGGCCGCUAUGGACCUAACUGAGGAGGACUGGGAUGUGAAGACGGCUGGCAAAAACGUGUUUGUGAAAUUCUAUGCGCCUUGGUGCGGCCACUGCCAGAACAUGAAGCCAGCAUGGGACCAACUCAUGCAGGCAUACAAGGAUCAUGACCAGAUCCUCAUCGCAAACGUGGAUUGCAUCGGGGCUGGUAAGAGCAAGUGCGCGGAGGAGGGCAUCAAGACCUUCCCCACGUUAAAGUACGGCACUCCACAUGACCUUGAGGACUACAGAGGAAGUCGGGACUUUGAGGAUUUGGCGGCAUUCGCUGAGGAGAGCCUGCAGCCCUCCUGUAGCCCAGAGCGUGUGGAUCUCUGCGAAGACGAAAAGCUGCAGCAGCUGAAGGAUUACUUGGCCUUGCCGAUGGCCGACCUCAAAGCAAAGAUCAAGGAGGGCGAAGUGGAGAGCCAAGCAGCAGAGAAAGAGCUUGACGCGCUGCUCCGGUCUCUGCAGAAGCAGUACAACGCUGGACAGAAGGAGAAGGCACGAAAGCAAAAGGAGAUCAACGAGAGAGGCCUUGCGCUGAUGAAAGCAGCGCAGGUGUACCGAGAGCACGUGAAGCUUGAUGCCUGA